AUGCUCUGCUCUUGUCGCCUGAGCCCCCUGCGACUCUUCGUCCAGGGCAUUUCGCAAUUGCAUCUCUCUGAACCCGUCGCAACGAGACUCCCGCAACACCUCAAGAACACCCGCACCUUACAAAUCAGCCAGACCUCAACGUUUGCAACUUCGGCCGUUCACAAUAAAAAGCGAGGAAAGGAGGCUACAUCAAGAGGACCACUGGAAGAACAACCUGACGAAGAACCGGCGAAACCGAAAAGAGAAAACUGGCAGCUCCAAAAAGAGGCUCUAAAGAAGAAGUUCCCCGACGGCUGGAAUCCGCGCAAGCGCCUGUCCCCGGAUGCCAUCGCCGGCAUCAAGGCGCUGCACGCCCAGUUCCCCGAGGAGUACGAUCUCAAGACGCUCGCCGACAAGUUUCAAAUGUCCCCUGAGGCAAUCCGCCGUAUUCUGAGGAGCAAGUGGCAGGCGACGCCCGAGGAGGAAGAGGACAGGCAGGAGAGGUGGUUCCGGCGCGGCGUUAAUGUGUGGUCGCGGUACGCGGAGCUGGGUCUGAAGCCACCCAGCAAAUGGCGCCGCGAAGGCGUUACCCGAGACCCGUCGUACCAUCAGAACCGGAAGGAGGCGAUACAAAGGAGGAAAGAGGAGGAAGCCAAGGAGAACGUCGGGGAGAGGCUGCAGCGGAAGCUGUCUGAUACUAUUAUGUGA